UCACUUUCUAAGAGAUUUACUAGCUUUUACUCUUUUAUCUACACACACACACAGAGAGAGAGAGAGAGAGAGAGAGAGAGAGAGAGAGAGAGAGAGAGAGAGAGAAAGCUUCGUAUCCUGAAAAAGCUGGAUACCACUGAAGAAAUUUCUGAAGAGGCUUAUCCAUAACUUGAAAGAUGGUGAAUCACUACAAGAAAAUUGUUCUUCUGUUCGGAUUAGAAUAUAUCAAUGACUAUAACUUUAGAGUCCUUAAGUCUUUACUGAUCCAUGACCUAAAACUGACUAAGAAAAUGCAGGAUGAUUAUGACAGAAUUAAGAUUGCUGACUUAAUGGAAGAAAAGUUCCCAGAGGAUGCUGGAUUGAACAAACUGAUAGAAGUAUUCGAAGAUAUUCCAGAACUUGGCGAUCGUGUUGAUAUACUUUGGAAAGAGAUGGAGAAAGUUAAAAAUAAAACCAAAAUAAAAUCUGAAUCCAGCACUCCCCCACUGACCUCCAACAUGAAGAUUUGGGAAGCAGAACCAGCUAUGAAGACAUCUUCAUCAAAGGAAAGCAAAGACACUAUCUCUGUAUCGCCUGACAUCAUGACAACACAGUUUGGGGAGGAAGAGCCUAACAUUCCAGAACUUUCAGCAACCAGCACAUACCCAGCUGAGUGUGAACCCCUGACACCUCAGGAGUUUCCAACAACAGCCUCCAGCCUCCAGACCCCCCUGGAGCCUCCAAAAAUAUCAUCCACCAUAUUGGCAACAUCUCAGGCUUCUUCAGCACCAUGUCCCACCCAUGACAAGGCUUCUCAUGUGUCUCCAGUGACAGUCUCCAGCAGCAUCCAGACCAUCCAGCCCUUUCAGAAAACCUCAACACUUUCUUGUAGUCACCAGGCUACUCUGGAGUCUCCCAAAGCAGAUCCCAGCGGUGUCCAGACCUUUCGCAUGACCCCAGCAACAAUGACCAGUGGUCAUAAUUGUCCUCAGGUGCCUGCAGCAGCAGUGGCCAGCAGAUUUAAUAAACCUCAGGUGACCCCAGCAACAUUGCCAAGCAGUGUCCAGGCCCCGUGGAUGCCUCAAGCUACAGUGGCCAGCAGUGUCCAGACCUUGCGAAUGACCACAGCAAAAAUGACCGGUGGUUGUAAUGCUCCUCAGGUGCCUGCAGCAACAGGAUCUAACAGUCACAGUACCCCUCAGAUUACCCAAGCAACAGUGCCCAGCAGUGCUCAUUCCCUUUCGAUACCUCGAGCAGCAUUGCCCAGCAGCGUCCAGACCUUGCGAAUGACCACAGCAAAAAGGACCAGUGGUUGUAAUAGUCCUCAGGUAUCUGGAUCAAGGGUACCUGUCAAUUACAGUACCCCUCAGAUGACCCAAGCAACAGUGCCCAGCAGUUCCCAGAAUUUUCAAAUGACCAUACCAGCAGUGACCAGUGAUUGUAAAAGUCCUCAGGUAUCUGGAUCAAGAGUACCUGUCAGUUGCAAUAACCCUCAUGUGACUCCAGCCAGGGUGACCAGCAGUGUCCAGACCUUGCGAAUGACCACAGCAAAAAUGACCAGUGGUUGUAAUAGUCCUCAGGUAUCUGGAUCAAGGGUACCUGUCAGUUACAGUACCCCUCAGAUGACCCAAGCAACAGUGCCCAGCAGUUCCCAGAACUUUCAAAUGACCAUACCAGCAGUGACCAGUGAUUGUAAAAGUCCUCAGGUAUCUGGAUCAAGAGUACCUGUAAAUUGCAAUAACCCUCAUGUGACUCCAGCCAGAGUGACCAGCAGUGUCCAGACCUUGCGAAUGACCACAGCAAAAAUGACCAGUGGUUGUAAUAGUCCUCAGGUAUCUGGAUCAAGAGUACCUGUCAGUUAUAGUACCCCUCAGAUGACCCCAGCAACAGUGCCCAGCAGUUCCCAGAACUUUCAAAUGACCAUAGCAGCAAUGACCAGUGGUUGCAAAAGUCCUCAGGUAUCUGGAUCAAGAGAACCUGCCAGUUACAAUAACCCUCCUGUGACUCCAGCCACAGUGCCCAGCAGUGCCCAAACCUUUGGAAUGACCUCAGCAGCAAUGACCAGUGGUUGUAAUAGUCCUCAGAUAUCUAUCAAGAUAUCAAGAGUACCUGUCAGUUAUAGUACCCCUCAGAUUACCCAAGCAACAGUGCCCAGCAGUUCCCAGAACUUUCAAAUGACCAUAGCAGCAACGACCAGUGAUUGUAAAAGUCCUCAGGUAUCUGGAUCAAGAGUGCCUGUCAGUUACAAUAACCCUCAGAUGACCCCAGCAACAGUGCCCAGCAGCUCCCAGAACUUUCAAAUGACCAUAGCAGCAAUGACCAGUGGUUACAAAAGUCCUCAGGUAUCUGGAUCAAGAGUACCUGUCAGUUACAAUAACCCUCCUGUGACUCCAGCCACAGUGCCCAGCAGUGCCCAAACCUUUGGAAUGACCUCAGCAGCAAUGACCAGUGGUUGUAAUAAUCCUCAGGUGUCUGCAGCAACAGUAUCCAGCAGUUACAGUAAUGCCCCUCAGGUGUCUUCUGCAACAAUGCCCAGGAGUUUUUCUGCUAUGCCAGUGUCUCCAGAAAUACCACUCAAGAAACCAAGACUGAAGAAUGUACCUAAACAACCUUCUGAAGAAGAUGGUCACCAGCAAGGUUCCAAACAAGUGAUGGUGUUAAAAGCAACAGACCCGUUCACAUAUGACAUGACAGAAAACAAAAGGAUGUUCCAUGCCACUGUGGCUACUGAGACUGAAUUCUUCAGAGUGAAGGUGUUUGACAUAGCCCUCAGAAACAAGUUCACCCCCAGGAAAGUCAUUGUCAUCUCGCAUUAUAAAAGCUGCAACGGGUUUCUAGAGAUAGACGAAGAGUCCUCCGUAACAGAGGUGGACGGCAACAAUGUGAUGAAUAUCCCAUCUUCCCUGAUAAAAAGCGCCAACGCAACACCUAAAAUUAAUACUCUUUGUAAACAAGAGUAUUUGUACACAAGCGGAAAAACAUUUGUGAAUGGAAUAUUCACCGUAUAUAUGAAAACAGUGAAGAGUGAAUCCAUUAACUACGGAAUAGAAGACAAAACAGGGAGGAUGGAAGUGGUGGUCUCCGGACAAUUUGCCAAUAUGCACUGUAAGCCUGGGGAUAAGCUCAGUCUCUUCUGCUUUGAGCUGAGCUACAGUUUGGAUACGUGGCAGCUGAGAUCUGUGAGGCACAGUUUUAUGCAGGUCAUCCAGGCUAGGAGGAGAGACCAUGAACCUCCUAAUCUUGACACAAUUAUCGAAACAGCUCAAACCCCCCACUCAUGGAUCCCUGAACAGCAAUGGUAACGAUGUCGUGCUGAUAAGCUGCAAGUGUAAAAGUAACAAAUGUGCAUAUGACAUAUAGUGAAAUAAAAUACAUAUAAAAUCCAGCUCCUGAUCCUAGGAAAUAGUAUUCUUUUGAUUUGUUCCUUGUGCAUUUUAGAUUCUUUGUAU